AUGAGUAUUGCCGAGAUACAGGAGGUAUUUCACGUCGUCAAGCAGAGACCCAUUCAAUUCUGGACGUCAGAAGAUAUUCAUGACUGGCUGAAACGCCGACGCCCAAAGUUGGCUUUAAAAUAUGCAUUUUGCUUUAUUCGGCAUCGAAUCACGGGUCGAGUAUUGGUGGAAAUGACGGAGCAGGAUUUGCUUGAAAUAGGAAUCUAUUCGCGAGAGGAGAGGCACGAUAUAAUCUAUGAAGUUCUACGCGAAAAGCUUCACUGCGAUUACAUCGAGCUGAAGACGGCGGAGGCGGAUGCUGAA